GUGGGUGAGUUCACACUGCUCUGUCUCUGACCCUCUGUCUGACCUUUGACCCUCUGUCUCUCAGACCCUCUGUGUCUAAUCCUCUGUCUGACCUUUGACCCUCUGUGUCUGAACUCUGCAGGUUGUGUGUGAGUCGUGUUGAGGAGAAAAUGAAGCGCUCCCUGGUGAUCUGUUUGCUCGUGUGCUCUGCUCUGAUUGGCCUGGGAUCAGCCAUUCGUUGUUACAGCUGUAAAGAUUACACCGGCAGCUGUACCAAACAACGAGACUGUAGCUCUGACGAUGCUUGUCUGACACUCAAUGAGAGGGGUGGGAUGACGUACCGUCAGUGUCUGAAGUACUCGGACUGUGACUACAGGCGCCUCAGUCUGAUGUUCCAGAAUGUGAACAGUUUCACCUUCAAAUGCUGCAACUCAGACCUGUGUAACUCCGCCCGCUCCUGGGCAGCCAGCUCUGUGAUUGGUCUGGUCUCUGUGAUCGUCAUGUGGUGGUGCAUCCACUGAGGAGUUAACCCCGCCCCUAUGACAUGAGCAGGUUUUUUAACUGUCAGUCAUCACCGAUCGACUUAGUCACGUAACGAAUAUUAACUCCGAUCAUUAAUGAUCCGACUCUGAGACAGAAGAAGACGAAGUAAACUGACCUGACCUUAAUCUUUAACCUUUCAACCUGUCCAUGACCUUUAAAUAAACUUUUAUCUACUACACUGUUUGUCUUUGACAUGUAAAUAAAGUUUAAUCAACUACACGUCUGUCCGUGAUGUUUAAAUAAAGUUUAAUCAACUACAACGUAUGUCUGUGAUGUUUAAAUAAAGUUUAAUCAACUACA